AUGGUUUGCUCUUGGAAACAAAGAGGCGCCGACAUAGUCUGGCAUGAAAAGGUCCAGGUCUUCGCCGGGUGGGAUACCGACGCAAAGGGUGACGGGGACUCUUUCCUGGGCCAGGAGCCAAGUACGGCCUCCUUCCAACUUCAACAUUGCGCCGGUAUGUAUCAAAAAAUGUCCAUGGUCCUGCCGGUUAUCAACCUUCGCACGGGUUCACUCGGGGAAAACGGCACCCGCCACUUUUCGGCCACUACGGCUGGUGUGCAGCUCAGGGGCAUCGCCCAGCUGGACUUGCGCAACGCAGAGAGUGAAUCCCACGAGGGCACAGAACGGUAG